CUAUCACCCACCUUCAUCAACCCUCCACCACCAUUAACGACCCUUUUUGAAAGUCGCAAACAUGGAGGCCUUCAACGACAUCUACCUGAACCUUUCACGAAAGCCAGGCGCCACUCGAUUUUCCGAGUCUGGAUUUGGCUGGAAGCCAGCAAACGGCGAGACGUAUACAUGCGAUCAGUCACAGAUCAUCCAGGCACAGUGGAGUCGGGCGGCGCGCGGUUAUGAGAUCAAGAUCCUUUCACGCAAUGACGGUGUAGUACAACUCGAUGGCUUCAAGCAGGAGGAUUUCGAUCGUGCAGCGAAGCUCUUCAAGGUCUGGUACGGUAUCAACCUGGACAACCGAGAACACGCCCUCCGUGGCUGGAACUGGGGUAAAGCCGAAUUCGGAAAGGCUGAGCUCACCUUCAACGUCGCAAACCGCCCUGCUUUCGAAGUUCCCUACACCGAGGUAUCGAACACCAACUUGGCCGGAAAGAACGAGGUUGCAGUCGAUUUCUCACUACUUGCCGAUGGCGAUACUGGCGCAAAUGGGAGCCUUGGGGGUGCUCGCUUCAGGGGCAAGAAGUCAGCUGGAGCACGCGACCAGCUGGUUGAGAUGCGCUUCUAUAUCCCAGGUGUUGCAUCCAAGAAGGAGAAAAACGAGGACGGCGAGGACAUUUCUGGCGCAGAAGACGGCGAAGAACAGAAUGCUGCCAACCUGUUCUAUGAGACACUCAUGGACAAGGCCGAAAUUGGCGAGGUCGCUGGUGACACAUUCGCAACCUUCCUGGAUAUUCUCCACUUGACUCCCAGAGGUCGUUUCGACAUUGAUAUGUACGAGACCUCGUUCAGGUUGCGUGGAAAGACGUAUGACUACAAGAUCCAGUUCGACUCGGUCAAGAAGUUCAUGGUAUUGCCAAAGCCCGACGACAUGCACACGUUGAUCACAAUAGGAUUGGAUCCACCUCUGAGGCAAGGUCAGACACGCUACCCAUUCUUGGUCAUGCAGUUCAAACGUGACGAGGAAGUCAACCUCGACCUGAACAUGAAGGAGGACCUACUGGAAGCUAAAUACAAGGACAAGCUACAAUCACACUACGAGGCACCUAUUGCUGUAGUAGUCUCUGACAUCUUCCGGGGGCUCAGCGGGAAACGCGUUACUAGGCCAUCACGCGACUUCAUCAGCCACCACGAGCAAUCUGGUGUAAAGUGCUCGAUCAAGGCGAACGAGGGCCACCUAUACUGCCUUGACAAAGCCUUUAUGUUCAUUCCCAAGCCAGCAACUUACAUCGCCAUGGACAACAUUGCAUCGGUCACGAUGUCGCGUGUUGGUGGCGCCAUGGCUGCUAGUCGAACAUUCGACAUUACUUUCACAAUGAAGGGUGGAAUGGCAGAGCACCAGUUCUCCAACAUCAAUCGUGAAGAGCAACAGCCACUCGAGAACUUUUUCCGUGCUAAAGGCAUCAAAACAAAGAACGAGAUGGCCGAUGAUUCUGGAGCAAUUCUUGCAGCCGCACUCCAAGAUGACGACCUUGCCUCUAGUGACGAUGGAGGUGUCGCGAAUCGCGGUAGUGCCGACGAGGACGACGAGAGCGUUGAUGAGGAUUUCCAGACCGAGUCUGAAUCUGAAGUUGGAGAAGAAUUCGAUUCCGACCACGACAGUGGCUCCGGCGACAGCGAUGCAGAAAUGGAAGACGCAGACAGCGAUGCAGGGAAAGCUGCGGAACGACCGAAGAAGAAACAGAAGACCUCGAACUGAGCGACUUCGCCAGCCACCACAAAAACAUGGCCCAGGGUCUGCGGAAGGGCUUCUAGGCGGUGAGCGAACCGAACAUUAUCCGAAUGCUUCCAAAAUCCUUCGAUGUUUCAAUGCGCUGCAUGCACGUUUAGUUCUUCCCGCUGAUAACGCGAUCAGUGCUUCGGUCACGAACUGGUUAAGGGGCAUGAAGUUACAUCCGACAGUUAUUAUAGGU